GGGCGGGGCCUGCGGGGCGCGGGGCCCCGGCGCGGACCAGGCGCAGCGAUUGGAUUCACCCGAGGGCCGCGCAGCGCGGAGCGCCAGGCUGCGGGCGGCGGCAGACCCGGGAGUGGAGACCGGCCCGCCGCACCGCAGCCGGGGCUAGGAGACCGACGGGCAGACCGACGGGCUGCGGCCGCGAUCGCGGGACGGAGGGGCGCGCGCGGCGAGAGGGUAUCUAAUCAGCAGCUCCGGCCGCGCCAUGGACGGCACCGACAAUGCGACCCUGCUCUUCGCCCCUCUGCUGCCGGACAACUACACCCUGGCGCCCAACUACACCCUGGCGGCCAACGCCAGCAGCCCUGGCCCCGGCACUGACCUCGCCCUCGUCCCUGCGUCCAGCGCCGGCCCCGGCGCCGGGCUCAGCCUUGGGCCGGGUCCGAGCCUCGGCUUCAGCCCGGGUCCCACUCCGACCCCGGAGCCAACGACCAGCGGCCUCGCGGGAGGCGCGGCGAGCCACGGCCCUUCCCCAUUCCCUCGGCCCUGGGCGCCCCACGCGCCCCCGUUCUGGGACACGCCGCUGAACCACGGGCUGAACGUGUUCGUGGGCGCCGCCCUGUGCAUCACCAUGCUGGGCCUGGGCUGCACGGUAGACGUGAACCACUUCGGGGCUCACGUCCGCCGGCCCGUGGGCGCACUGCUGGCCGCGCUCUGCCAGUUCGGCUUCUUGCCGCUGCUGGCCUUCCUGCUGGCCCUCGCCUUCAAGCUGGACGAGGUGGCCGCCGUGGCGGUGCUCCUGUGUGGCUGCUGUCCCGGCGGCAAUCUCUCCAAUCUUAUGUCCCUGCUGGUUGACGGCGACAUGAACCUCAGCAUCAUCAUGACCAUCUCCUCCACGCUUCUGGCCCUGGUCUUGAUGCCCCUGUGCCUGUGGGUCUACAGCUGGGCUUGGAUCAACACCCCUAUCGUGCAGUUACUACCGCUAGGGACUGUGACCCUGACUCUCUGCAGCACUCUCAUCCCUAUCGGGUUGGGCGUCUUCAUUCGCUACAAAUACAACCGGCUGGCUGACUAUAUUGUGAAGGUUUCCCUGUGGUCUCUGCUGGUGACUCUGGUGGUCCUUUUCAUAAUGACCGGCACUAUGUUAGGACCUGAACUGCUGGCAAGUAUCCCUGCUGCUGUUUAUGUGGUAGCAAUUUUUAUGCCUUUGGCAGGCUAUGCCUCAGGCUAUGGCUUAGCUACUCUCUUCCACCUUCCACCCAAUUGCAAGCGGACUGUAUGUCUGGAAACAGGAAGUCAGAAUGUGCAGCUCUGUACAGCUAUUCUAAAACUGGCCUUUCCACCGCAAUUCAUAGGAAGCAUGUAUAUGUUUCCCUUGCUCUAUGCCCUUUUCCAGUCAGCAGAAGCAGGGAUUUUUGUUUUAAUCUAUAAAAUGUAUGGAAGUGAAACACUGCACAAGCGAGAUCCUCUAGAUGAAGAUGAAGAUACAGAUAUUUCUUAUAAAAAACUAAAAGAAGAGGAAAUGGCAGACACUUCCUAUGGCACAGUGAAAGCAGAUAAUGUAAUAAUGAUGGAAACGGCUCAGACUUCUCUCUAAAUGUGGAGACACACAGGAGCUUCUAUCUUGCUAAAAUAUUGCUUCAUAUUUAUGGCCUGUGGUAGUGCACCUGGUUCACAUAAAGGAUAACUGGUUCACAUUAUCAUACAUGUAACAAUUCUUAUAUUUUCAUUUUAAGGUUCGUUUGUGUAUUAACCAAGCAUUGUCACAAAUUACAAAUCAAUGCUGUAAUAUAAUUUGCACCUGGGAUGGCUAACGUGCAGCCUGAACUAGUUAAAUGUGCUUUUUAGUUUUUUCUAUCACCAAUCUCUAUGAUGUUGCAAAUACAGAAACUAUUAGAAAACAGGGUCUUGGAAAUGUAGAAUUUUGCGCACUGUCUUACAAGUAAAAUCAAGCUAUCUUUGUAAAGCAUAAUUGAGUUUAAUGUAAUUGUUGUAAAAACAAAAAUGUGUGCUUUCUCUACUUAAAAUUCCUGACAACGUUGAACUUUGACCUGUAUUCAGAAAAAAUUCUAAAACAGGUCACUUAAAUAAGGAAAUACAGUAUUUGUCAAACCAGUAUCAGAGAAAAGUUACAUUAAUGUAUUUAAUUACUUGAUCUGAUAUCUACUUAUUAGUGAUAAAUAAUCAACAUGUUUUUA